CCCCCCCUCCCCUCUGCCAAAUAUACAUACAGCACACAUACUCACAAUAAACAAUUAAAAUUCUAAUCGAGAUCUUUGUUCCCUGAUUAUUAUUUUUAAUCUCAUCAUCGUUUUUCACAGUUUCAAAACAAAAAAAUGUCUCCCAAAAAUGUUGGAAUUCUCGCCAUGGAAAUCUACUUUCCUCCUACUUGUAUCAAGCAGGAUACCCUAGAGGAUUUUGAUGGAGUUAGUAAAGGAAAAUACACCAUUGGACUUGGACAAGACUGCAUGGCGUUUUGUUCUGAGGUGGAAGACGUCAUCUCCAUGGGAUUGACGGUUGUCGCUUCACUACUUGAGAAAUAUGAGGUCAGUCCAAAACAAAUUGGUCGGCUGGAAGUAGGCAGUGAAACUGUUAUAGACAAGAGCAAAUCCAUUAAGACUUUUCUUAUGGAUAUUUUUGAGGACUGUGGAAAUACUGACAUUGAAGGUGUCGAUUCAACCAAUGCUUGCUAUGGUGGAACUGCAGCAUUAUUGAACUGUGUGAAUUGGGUGGAAAGUAACUCAUGGGACGGACGCUAUGGAUUGGUUGUUUGCACAGACAGCGCGGUGUAUGCAGAGGGGCCCGCUCGGCCUACUGGUGGUGCAGCUGCUAUUGCAAUGCUGAUAGGACCAGAUGCCCCUAUUGCAUUUGAAAGCAAGUUCAGGGCAAGUCAUAUGUCACAUGUUUAUGACUUUUAUAAGCCUGACCUUGCUAGUGAAUAUCCGGUUGUUGAUGGAAAGCUUUCUCAAACAUGUUAUCUCAUGGCACUCGAGUCUUGCUACAAGAAAUAUUGUCAGAAGUAUGAAAAGUUGGAAGGAAAACUAUUUUCUAUUGCUGAUGCUGACUAUUUUGUAUUUCACUCUCCAUAUAACAAGCUUGUACAGAAGAGCUUUGCUCGAUUAGUUUUUAGUGAUGUUGUUAAUAACGCCAGUUCUGUUGACGAGUCUGCCAAAGAGAAGCUAGGACAGUUCACAUCUUUAACUGGUGACGAGCGUUACCAAAACCGUGAUCUUGAAAAGGCAUCUCAACAAGUGGCAAAACCCCAUUAUGAUAAAAAGGUCCAACCCGGAACUUUGAUCAACAAGCAAGUUGGAAACAUGUACACAGCUUCUAUAUAUGCAGCCUUUGCUUCCCUAAUUCAUACCAAGAAUAGCUCUCUGGAUGGCAAUAGGGUCGUGAUGUUCUCAUAUGGAAGUGGACUAGCUGCCACAAUGUUUUCAUUGCAUCUUAGUGAGGGCAAAGCACCUUUUAGUUUGUCAAACAUCGCAAAGGUUAUGAAUGUUGACGAGAAGUUGGAGAGAAGGACCGAGCUUUCACCAGAAAAAUUUGUCGAACUCAUGAAGUUGAUGGAACAUAGAUAUGGUGGCAAGGACUUUGUGACUAGCAAAGACACUACACUUCUAGCUCCAGGCACCUACUACCUCACUGAAGUGGACUCCAAAUACCGGAGAUUUUAUUCGAAAAAGACCACCAAGUUGGCUAAUGGUCACUAAUUAAGAUUGAUUGGCAGAUAAUGUAGCAUUUAGAGCCAUCAGGUUUGGGUCUUUGUAAGUGUUUGUUUUGCUUUGGUUCAGGUGUGAUAUUGUAAGAGGCUAAUCGUUUACUUCCAUUUUAAGUGUAAUACAUGCCAACAUAUAUAAAUUAUCAAUAAUUGAUUUCUCUCUA